GAUAUAGAACUAAAAUCCGGGUCCUUACUCAAAGGAUUAUGGGAGAGAGUCAAUCGACGGCAAAAUUUUAAGGAAGAAAAGUAUAUUUGACAUGCGGAAUAAGAAUAAAUUAAGUACAAAUUAUGCUUCACAUCGUUGACUGAAAGAGAUAUGAAAAAUUAAUUUUAUCAUUAUGUAUUUGAAAAAUUCUUUAAUGUAAAUGCAAUGAGUUCUGAUGAAGAGUUCAAUCCUAGACGAACAAAAAAGAAACAAUGGAAAAGUGGUAAAAUGCCAGUUUGUUUCGACAGUGAUAAUCAAAAUGAUUCUGAACCAUUAGAAGAUACUGAAGAUUCUGUUUUAAUGCAAACAAAUGAUAUUUUAAAAACUAGUGAUAAAAAUACCAAUAGUUGUUCUGAUUCUGAUGAUGAUUUCAAUUUGUGCAUAAGAGCUAAAAAAAAUAUGCGUCCACUUACUGAUAGUGAAAAUGAAUUACCAACUGAUGAUGUAGUUGCAGAAGAAAAAGGAACUGAGCUCAAAUUCUUAGAAACUGCUGAUAAAGGAUGGGAAAGCGAUUCUAGUGAUGGACAGUCAGAGAAAUGUCCAAUAUGUCUUAAUAAGUUUCUUGGUCAAGAUAUUGGUAAUCCUGAAAGUUGUGACCACUACUUUUGCUUGGACUGUUUAUUAGAAUGGGCAAAGGUAUAUUUUUAUUUAAUUUUAUAUGUAUUUGAAUAGAAAUAUAAACUUUUAUUUAAAUAUUUUUUCAUUAUCGACCAAAUUUAAAUGUUCUGAAUCUUCACAAAGCUGGUUAUAGACUAUUAAAUAACACCAUAAAACCUUCAAAAAAUAUCAGAUAUCAGCACAAAAAUAUAGUUAAAAUAAAUAGGUUGUGACAAGCAUUUUGAUCCAAUUAGGAUCUGCGUCAGGUCAAAAAUGUUCAAAUGAAUUAGAAUGCAGGACUUUCAAGUUUAAAUAUUUUAAAAUCAUCAGAACUGUAAACCUUAUAACCAGUAUACACACCUAAGUGUUAACAUUAACGCUAAAAUUAAAAUAACAAAUUUAAAUAUAAAUAAACAACUUUCCUUAAACAUAAGUAAUUUUUCACAUCUCAAGAAUUGAUAUUUGCUACUUAAUGUCAUAAUUUAAAUGAAAAAAAGUCAUGUUUACAUUGAAAGUACUAUUGUAACAUACCAUGCAAUCAAAAUUAAGUCCGAAAAAGCAGUGUUACUCAAAAUUAGGGUUCUAUCAAGUAUCAGUUACUUUUCUCACUUAUUCACAUUGCCAUAACUGCUUUAAGACUUGUAGUAAUAUUCAUCAGAUAGCAAUUAGUAAAUUAAAAUGAUUUUCUUCAUAUGUAAACACAGUGAGUCUUACACAGAUUUGGACAUAAGCUAGUUGUAGUUAUAUAAUAUCAUGAUGUGUUUUCAAAUAAAAGUGGACAAAAUUGAUGUGGAUAGUGAAGAUGAUUUCAAAAUAAAUUCUAGAAAAUUGUUUUUACCUCCAGCUUUGUCAUUGGGAAUAAAUAAAUUCCAUAUAGCAAUUUAUAGCAAGUGAAAAAAUAUCUUUUUAUAAUACUUUUUCCUUGCUUUCUGGGGUUUGGAUAUGUUGCCUUUAUUAUUUUUUCAUGUUUUUCAGUCUCCACCAUGUCUGUAGUGUGCACUGUUAUCAGAAGGACCAGAUCCUUUUUGUCCUUUCAUCAUAAAAAAAGGACUUUCCUCCUCUACAAGCAUAAAUUUCUUCCUUCUGCAAUUUAUAAUGUUUUAUUAGGGAGGAUGGCAUGACCUUGCAUGCUAUUGUUACUAUUCUGUACAUAUCAUAAAUUUUUGAAAUUUGCUUAUAUAACAAAAUCUAUACCCAAAUUACCUCCAGAUUCUCCCCUCAUCAACACUGUGGCAUCCGUAACCUUUCGACUACUACUAACCUACUUGAAACAACUUAUACUAUUUUGCAAAAUUUUGAGAACAAAAAAUCCACCUACAUAAUUUAUAUUGACAUCUCCCAAGCCUUUGAUUCUAUCAUUCCUAAAUUACUACUUCAGACUCUAAGUAAUUAUUUUGAUUUAGAUCCCGCUCUUUACUGUUGGUUAAACAAUUACUAUUUAUCCAGACUAUGUAAGAUUCACAUUGGUGACUUUGAUUUCUUCCCUUUUUCUCCUAUCUGUGGCAUACCUCAAGGAUCUGUACUAAGCAUGCUUUUUUUCUCAGCUUAUAUAGAUAAAUUACUAACCAACCACCACUCUAAAGUAAUUGCCUACGCCGAUGACAUCAAAAUUUUAUCCAAUGAUCCUUCCUCCCUUCAGAUCACUGUCAAUUCUUUACGUUCUAAUCUUGCCAGUUAUAAUCUAAAAAUCAACAUUCAUAAAACUGUCAUUAUGUGUUUUUCUCUACUUCGCAAUCCC